AUGAAUUCUAACCUAGAUGUGGACUCUACCCUAGCACCAACAGCUUUGCAGCAGCCCCUUGAUGGGGAGCAAUCAUCGUCUGUUGCCGUUAGCCUCGACCAUGUACUCCGUAGUGGCUUUAUAGAAAAUCAAGAGGAUGAGAAAGGGACAUUCCCAUCGGGAUUGAAGUUCGAUAUGCACGAAAAUUCAUUCCACGAAGGUGCUGAGGAAAGCGUAGAGAAGGCGUUCCUUUCUCAAGGCAAUGGGAUUGAAAAGGCGGCCGGGUUUCCCUCCCCUGAGGGAUCCGCGCCGGAGGUGACGAUGGGGGAUCUUUUUGGUGCUUUUUUUGAAAUUGAUAAGUCGGACGGCCCGGCGCCGAAUCCUUUGCUGGUGGACACGCGCGGAAUUCUAAAGAGUAUGUUUGGUCCUUGUGUGAAUGAAGAGGAUAUCAUUUUUCAAAAUCCCGAGGACCUCCUCCGGGAGACGAUGCAGCAAAACAAGGAUCUCCACAUCUUUGACGCCCAAGUAGAGUUGUUUGGGGAGCAUGGCGCGCAGGUUCUGACUCAAGAAAAACCGGAAGGAUUUCAUCUUCUCUAUGCGUCCGUCCCAGAGGUGCCGCCGUUGGCAGAUGCCGAUCAAACCUGGCUGUUAGAGAUGCCCAAAAUGGCUCCGAAUCGGCAGAUUCUGCACGCCGACCCCCAACCCUUUCUCCCUUCUCACUGCCCGCAUUUAGAGAGCAACUCUCGCAUGCUCUACACCCCUUCAAACAUCCUUCGAUGGGGUCACCACACCGGGCAGGGGCUCUACUUAAGCAACGCCCGCGUCGUGCGAUGGAGUGAUCUCUCCCUCACCCUCCAUGUCGGUUCGGACGUCCACAGCCUCUUGCCCGCGAAGGGCAACGCGCCGGUGAGUUUGCUCGGAAACGCCACUACGGUGCGCAAAACCGGGGUCGCCCUCCCCGCGAUCGCGACGACGCUUCUGCCGGAUCGCCACUUCGUCGUGGAAUCCUCCGAGGCGGGGUCGAUCGAGCGCGCGGUGUUCGAGGCGAGCGCGCAGCGCAACGUGGAAACCCAUCGGCGUCGGCUCCCGUAUACGAUCACGACCCUCCCUGAGAUCGACUGGGCGAAGCCGAAGUCGCGCAACCCCGUCGAGGAGUUCGUCAUGAUGCAGUACGAGCAGCGGCAGAAGGUGUUGGAUCGGCGUCUGAAAGAAGGCCGCCCGAUGAGUUUGCGGGAGCAGCUCGACCUCGACGCGGAGCUCCUCAGCCAACUCCACUCCCCACGCGUGGAGGCCCUGAUGCGGGGGCCGCCGGCGGGCCCCCACGGCGGGGCGAAACGCCCGUCGACGCAUGGCAACCCCGCCGGACGGCUCGAGCGUGAUUUGGGGUUGAUUUCCGCCCGCGACGGAGGGGAGCUCCCGGCGGGCGAGCCGACUUCGGAAGCGGAACCGACCAGCCGUAGUAGCAGCCACGCCGAGGACGAUAACGAGGCCGACGGCUACGAGGCCAUGCUCGACGCCAUGCGGAAAAAACGGGCGCGGGAGGGCGAGGAGGCCGCCGAGGCGCGACGUCAGCACGUCGAGCGUCAUGAACGGGAGGUUUCUGAGCGCUUCGCGCCUCUUCUGACGGCUCUUGAGGAUUUAGCGCAAAAACUUCCGAUGGGCACCGAUGCCUAUGGAUCGGUAGACGGCACCGUGGAGUUCAUCCGAUCGGGAGUGUUUGCGCCGAGUAUUGUGGAAAAAGAAGUGCCCGCGAUGCUCCAAGAGGUGGCUGAAGAGCUACCGGGCGUGGAUACGACGGCCGUCCGCGAUGCCUUCUUGGCUAUUUUCUCCAAUAUACAAGUGUAA